GGUGGCCUUGCAGGACGGCAGGCGUGUCGAGAACCGUCAGCGGCAUUUAAGAGUGGGAAGUAUGGAGCACACUGCAGAGUCGAGCCUGUUGUGGUGGUCGUGCCCUGCCUCCCGCCGUCGGUGCGACGGUGGUUCCAGCGUGGAAACAGAGCGGUGAUUAGAAUGGUGGCGAAAUCAAGACAAAUCGUGUCGUUGGUGACUCUUUUGAUGGCUGCUUGUGAAGUGGAUGCACUUAACCUGGCGGAUGUACCCUGCGGCCAGCGCCAGAUUCUGGCGGCGCGCUUCAAGGUGGUGGGCGGCAGGGAGGCCUACCCGGGCCAGUACCCGUGGGCCGCCUCUGUUCAGAUGAACGGCCGACACGUGUGCGGCGCGAGCAUCGUCAGUAGCCGAUACGUCGUCACGGCCAGCCACUGCCUGCACGGCCGGCCGCAGCCGAGCCUCUCCGUGGUGGUUGGCGAGCACACCCUGAGCAAACAGGAGAGCUCUGAGCAGCGCCUCCCGGUGGUCAGGACGUUCCCGCACGAAAAGUACCGCUACCCCAGCUUCAAGAACGACAUCGCCGUGCUCGAACUCGGAGGAGAGAUCGGCUGGAACCAAUACCGUCAGCCGGUGUGUCUGCCCGACGUCGGUCAGGCGCCGUCUCACGGCACUUCGGCCACCGUGGCCGGCUGGGGCUGGCUCGGCGAACACCUCAAAGGCGGGAAGCAGGCGGACGUGCUGCAGCGCGUGCACGUGCCGCUCGUGGCGCCCGCCACGUGUUCCGGCUGGUUCAGUGAGGCGGGUCGGCGCGUGCACAUUGGUCGUGGUCAGAUCUGUGCCGGCUUCAAGGCCGGCGGGAAGGACGGCUGUCAGGGUGACAGCGGCGGCCCGCUGGUGACCGAUGAAGGCGGCCACCACACGCUCGUCGGGGUCGUGUCGGCCGGGAUCGGCUGCGCCCGACCCAACCUGCCCGGUAUCUACACGGACGUACACCUCUUCACCGAGUGGAUUGUCAGCAAGACGCGGGCGUCCAGGGGCGGCAGGGGCGACCGGCGCAGCUAGUUACGGCCGCUGGGAGGGCAGAGGGGACGACAGGGAGCAGUCACUGGGGUGGACAGAGAGAGGAUUUGUUACGCCGCCGCUGUGGUGAAAGUCGCAAGCAGUUCCGGUUUAGGUGGCUUGGUUCAGGUCAUGAUGCGUUUAAAGGGCAUUGAGAAGUGAGGACUGCUUAUCAGACUGCAUUUCCAAGGUUAUGAGGUGCGAAGAGGAAAACAGGAAAAUGGCAGCGACAUGUGCAUUGUGGGGUCAUUACGAAAUAAGACAUAUAAUGAGCAAAAUAAUUGUAAUUUAAUGCUUUGUAUAUAAAUUCAUGGAUGGAUGCAGGUGUAUGUAUGCAGGUAUAUGCAUGUGCAUUAAUGCUGAAUGCAUGAAAAUAAAGUGAAUUCGACGU